AUGUCGUCCGACUCAAAAGAGAAGGUGGACCAGGUGCUGUACGAGACAACCGACCACAACUACGCCGCCGAACGCACCGACUCGAUAGUCUCCCACCCGCACGAUGGCAGCAUCCAGUUCGAUGCAAAGGGUUUGCCCUCCGACCCGGAGCAGUACGCCACCUGGCGCAGGGGCAUCCGCAAGCUCGACUGGCGUGCCGUUCCACCCCUCGGCCUGCUGUGGCUUGCCAACUUUGUAGACCGCAGCAACGUCGGCAAUGCAAAAGUCGCCGGCCUCACCACGGAUCUCAAGCUCGACGGCAACAAGUUCAACAUCGCCCUCGCCAUCUUCUACAUCACCUACAUCGCCUCCGAGAUCCCAAGCAACAUGGCACUGCGCAGGCUCGGAGCCAAGUUCUGGCUCCCCUUCAUCGUGUUCUGCUGGGGCAUCAUCACCGUCUUCUUCGGAUUGGUGCAGAACUUCGCCGGUCUCUGCGUCAUUCGUCUAUUGCUUGGCGCAAUGGAGGGAGGCUUGCUACCAGGCAUGCCGCUAUAUCUUUCGCAGCUCUACCCAAGAUACAUGGUUCAGGUACGCAUUGCGUAUUUCUAUGCGGGCGCAAGUCUUUCCGGCGCUUUUGGCGGCUUGCUCGCGACGGGAUUGAUCCAGAUGGAUGGUCUGGGUGUUCAGAACAGGUUGUUUGCUAGUUUGAAGCCUGCUACGGCCAGGGGAGUCGCAGGAUGGCGCUGGAUUUUUAUCAUGGAGGGCUUGAUCACGAUCGUAUUUGCAUGCAUCGCGUGGUACAUGCUGCCUUCAUCUGUCAAGAAGUCCAAGUUCCUCAAGGACGACGAGCGCGAGCUCAUGCUUGCGGUGCUUGGGCGCGACCAGCAGAACAACCGCGCUGCGGCUGCUAGCGUCGCACCCAUUGCCAAGAUCAACGGCGAUACGGAAAAGCACCUACCUCCUGUCACUGCGCCCAACGCAGUCGUUGCCGUAGGUGAUACUGCGGUCCAACAAGCAAUGGUGUUCGAGGAAGAGCAGUUCGAGUGGCGCGAGAUUCGCCGCGGCCUAACGGAGCCGCAGGCCUGGUUUACUGGCAUUGCGUACCUGCUUAUCUGCAACUGCCUGUACUCAUUCAGCCUCUUCCUACCCACCAUCCUGCGUGGUAUCUAUCCAACCAUCACCACGACGCGGCUUCAGCUGCUGACCGUACCGCCCUAUGUCCCUGCAACGGUGCUCGUGAUCAUCAUCGCGUACCUCGCCGACAAAACCCGCAUGCGUGGACCCUUCAUCCUCGCACUCCUCCCGCUCUCCAUGAUCGGCUACAUCAUGCUGCUCGCCACAGACAACGCAAAGGUCAGCUACGGUGCGACAUUCCUCAUCGCCCUGGGAAUCUAUCCCACCGCACCGUGCAUUCUGUCCAUCCCGAUCAACAACACGUCGGGUCUGUACAAGCGUGGCACCGUCAACGCUCUGCAGCUUAUGAUCGCCAACCUCGCCGGAUUCGUUGCGACGUUCAUCUACCAGGCCAAGUGGGCCCCGCGGUAUGUGCAGGGCCACUCGGUCGUGCUGGCUAGCUUGGUCGGCGCGUGGAUCUUCAUGGCGAUCAACGUGUGGUGGUGCUGGAGCGAGAACAGGGCCAGGGACCAGGGCAGGCGAGAAGGUAACUGGGCAAAGUACCAGAAACUUGUCGAUGAGGGAAAGACAAGGGCACCCAUUGGCGAUCGAAGCCCCCAGUUCAGGUAUACUUUGUAG